ACCAGGACGAGAGCGGAGGCGCAAUAACCCCAACAAAAAGGAGGGCGAGCUCUCUCCAACACUUGGCCAUACAGAGCAGAGCUGCGCAGCGCAACGCAUCGCAUCGCAUCCACGGAGCCAGCAGCGUCCAGGGCCAAGCAGAGGAGGAGGAGAUUGAGCUGUGGGAGAGCGCCCCUCUGUCGCCCGCGCGCCCCAUGAGGAAAUUGUGCCCCAACCUGGAGCGCGACGACGCGCUGGACACGGUGCUGGAGGUGCCCAUCCCCGAGGAGAUGUUCUCCGGCGGCGGCGGGGGCUCCCGCGGCUCCAGGUUCGGCUGCACCGGCGUCAAGGCGUGGAUGCGCUCGCACGCCGCCGACCGCUCCGGCGCCGGCGAGCCGUGCUCCAUGAGCCGCGGCGAGCUCCAGCUCAUGCUCGGCGUCAUCGGCGCGCCGCUCAUCCCGCUCCCCGUCAGCCACGCCAAGCAGUCGCCCUCCUCGGUGCUCUGCGAGCAGCUCAAGGGCGACCCCAUUGAAUCGUCGUCGGCCAAGUACAUAGUGCAGCAGUACAUCGCGGCGUCGGGCGGGGAGUGGGCGCUGAACAGAGUGACGAGCAUGUACGCGAUGGGCAAGGUGCGGAUGACGGCCGCGGAGCUCAACAGCAGCGACGCGGACGGCGGCGGCAGCAAUAAUGGCGGCGCCCACCGCGGCGGGAAGAAAGGCGGCGGCGGCGGCAAGGGCGGCGCCGGCGGCGAGAUCGGCGGGUUCGUGCUGUGGCAGAAGAAGCCGGAGCUGUGGUGCCUGGAGCUGGUGGUGUCCGGCUGCAAGAUCAGCGCCGGCAGCGACGGCAAGGUGGCCUGGCGGCAGACGCCAUGGCACCAGUCCCACGCCUCCCGUGGCCCGCCGCGCCCGCUCCGCAGAUCGCUCCAGGGGCUUGACCCGAUGCUGACGGCGAGCCUGUUCGCGGAGGACUCGGUGUGCAUCGGCGAGAGGAGCAUCGACGGCGAGGACUGCUUCGUGCUCAAGGUGGAGGCGGAGGCGUCCAGCCUGCGGGCCCGCAACAGCAGCAGCGUGGAGAUCAUCCGCCACACCGUGUGGGGCUACUUCAGCCAGCGCACGGGCCUGCUGGUGCAGCUGGAGGACUCGCACCUGCUGCAGAUCAAGUCCGGCGCCGGCGGCGGCUCCGUCUUCUGGGAGACCACCAUGGAGUCGCGCCUCCGCGACUACCGCGCCGUCGACGGCGUCAACAUCGCCCACUCGGGCCGCACCGCCGUCUCGCUCGUCCGCUUCGGGGACACCCACGACGGCGGCAACACCCGGACGCGCAUGGAGGAGCACUGGGACAUCGAGGAGGUCGACUUCAACAUCUGGGGCCUCUCCAUGGACUGCUUCCUGCCGCCCAGCGACCUCAGGGACGCCAAGGAAUCGCAGCAGCAGCAGCAGGAGCUCGCCGUCGUCAAGGCCGCGCGGCCGCCGCCGCUGAGGAUACCGGCCGUGGCCGUCGUCCGCGUAGGGCCGUCGCAGGUGGCCGCCGUCAACCUGGACGAAACGGAAUCGCUGCUUGCCAGAUGAUGAUGAUGGCAUACCAACACCACACACAACACGUAGUAGUAGUAAAAUAGAGCUGUAUGUGUGUACGUGACACUCGUCGCAAAUAUGAAAUAUCUACAACAUCUGUAAAUACGUUUCAGGUGAGGCCUUUCUUUUCUUUUUUAAGGUGUGGAUAAAGCCUAAGCUAGAAUUGGGAGUGAGCUACGUACUGUAGUAGUGAGUAAUUCGGGCUAGGUGUAUACUCUAAUUAUAGAAGAUGUAUUGUAAUGAGCUCAACGAAGCUCCGUCGAUGUAAAUUUGAAAGAAUCUCCCAGCUCUGCUUUGGUCA